AUACAACAGGUCACACAAGAGUGUUUUGGCAAAUGGCCAUGUCUUUGGCAGAUGAAAGUUGCCAAGGCAUUCAUCCAGAAAGACCGGGACAUAGUGUGCAUCACCAGCAUGUCAUUGGGGAAGACCAUGACCUUCUGGAUGCCACUACUCUUG